AUGGAUCAGAAUUUGACUCCUGAUAAUCCUAAUAACUCCAACAAGAUGCCAAGUCGCGGAGAUCAUACGCGAAGUCCGCACAACGCUAAUGAGAAAAAAGCACGAAGACGAGGUCAACUUCCUCAAGUGUUCAUUGUGAAGGAGCUCCCUGGCCCGACACGAUAUAAGAUAACUUCCGAGAACAUUAAGACAAUAGAAAAACCGAAACAGAGGUCUUCUGUUGUCCAGGGACCAAUAACGGAUCCAUCGGACAUUCCGUCCGUACAUACUGCAGGAAAAUUAAAAAGAGGAAAAGCAACUGGCAAAUACAGUCUGGAGGACUGGAUCGGAUCUAAAAGAGAUCCUGAACCAAUAACGAGCGAGGUUGAUGAGUUGACGAUGACCCGACGCCUAGCUCCAUUGGCAUUCGAAGAGUUGCUUGGAGCGAAACAAGAUUUAACUACUGUCCUUCCUGAAGUUGAAAACUUGGUCUGCUUGAAAAGGCGGCAAGGAGAUUAUUUGCCCUACGACAAUGACCAGCUGCUGGGUACUAAACAAGACAAGGAUCCCUUUGGUUCUGAUAACUUGUUUGGCACGAAGUUAGAUGAAUUAGUGGCUUUUCCUUACACCCCUGAGGAGCUAGCGCGCAUAAAUCAAAGUCGUCACAGGCCGUCACGACUGCCCAUUAUCAUUGAGGAAGAACAAGAUUUCCGGGAGCGUGAUGCUGCUUGCUUCGCCGUAGGAUACGAAGCUAUAAAGCAUUUAAAGCUCCGUGGAACACGAAUUGCGUCAUCCUCGCCUAAUAUCACUGAAAAGCGAUGGUACGACAAGCUUCUGCUGUCGAAGAACCCGAGGGCUGCUGAGUCAGCUCGUCAGAACACGGUGCCGGCGGAGACGUCUCCCAUUGCGAAGUUCAAUAAGAAACCUAAGAGCAGUCUCUCCCCGCCCCCGACGCAGCAGUUUGGUGUGUCGCUGGCUUUCAUAAAGGAGAACAAUGUCAACAUGGUUGGAGCUAUCCCUCCGGUUGUGCGCCAGUGUGUUGAAUUCCUGUCACAGCCUGAUGCUCUGGAGACUGAAGGAAUUUUCCGUCGUUCAGCAAACAUGUCAGUGAUCAAGGAGCUGCAGAGCGCCUGCAACAGGGGCGAGCCUCUCCGCUUCCGUAAUGAUCCUCAUAACGCAGCCGUCCUUCUGAAGACAUUCUUCAGGGAUCUCGAAGAACCUCUUCUGACCUUCGAUUUGUAUGAUGAGAUUAUGGACUUUCAAAACUGGUCACCGCGUGACAAGCCGCGGAAGGUGAAGAUACUGAUUCUGGAGCGCCUGCCCCUGGACAACUACAUGCUGCUAAAAUAUGUGUUCCAGUUCUUAUGGAAGGUGCAAGACAGGAGCUGUCUGAACAAGAUGACGACAAGCAACCUAGCUGUGGUGUUUGGCCCGAACCUCGCCUGGCCACCAAACGGACAGAUGUCACUCCUGUCCAUCGCUCCCAUCAAUAACUUCACCGAUUUUCUCCUUUCACACCAGGAGUCCAUCUUCAUAAUUUAAACACUACAAUAUCUGUUGCCUCCAAUCCCCGAGGUACAUUCAACCCUAUUCACAUGUAGUUAAAGGUGAAUGUUUGUCAAAUGUUAAUAUAGAUAUGCCAAAUUUUUGUUAGAACGGCGUUCGAAGUACCUA